CCCGGAAGUGGGGGCCUCCCUGUCGUGCAGAGCCGGCUACAUCCGGGCACCGGCGCCGCGAGGCCUAGCGGUGACUGGGGCCCCAGGCUGGUUCAUGGGGACGGCUCAAGCCGGCGAGGGCUCCUGAUUGAGUGAGGGGCACAGGUCACGUGGCCCCAGGGCGGCGGGAGGAAGUGACGCGUGGGCACGGAUAGGUCAAGAGCCCCACGUGAGGUCAUCAAAAUAUGCGGUGACGUCACUGUGUUGUGUCACAUGAUGCCGCUGUGAGGUGUAUGAUGUCAUCUCACUGCAGAGUGAUGUCACAGAAGGCAGCGGCGGGCGCCAUGGAGCCCAACCGGGCGGUGAGCGACCAGACUGGACUGGGAGCCACCAAGACCAAGAUCCAUUUCAAGGUCACCCGGUUCAUCAUGGAGGCAGGGGUGAAGCUGGGCCUGCGAUCUAUUCCUGUGGCCACGGCUUGCACCAUCUACCACAGUUUCUUCACGGCCACUGUGGCCUCGGGGCCCUACGACCCCUACCUGGUGGCCAUGGCUGCACUGUACCUGGCCGGGAAGGUGGAGGAGCAGCACCUACGCACCCGGGACAUCAUCAACGUCAGCCACCGGUACUUACACCCCCAGAGCGACCCCCUGGAACUCGACUCCCAUUUCUGGGAGCUGCGGGACAGCAUCGUCCAAUGCGAGCUGCUCAUGCUGCGGGUGCUCGGCUUCCGCGUCUCCUUCCGGCACCCCCACAAGUACCUGCUCCAUUACCUGCUCUCCCUGAGGCAGUGGAUGAACCGGCACAGCUGGGAGCGGACCCCUGUCUCGGCGGCGGCCUGGGCACUGCUCCGGGACAGCUACCACGGCGGGCUGUGCGUGCGCUACCCCCCUCAGCACGUGGCGGUGGCCGUGCUGUAUCUCGCCCUGCACUGCUAUGGGGUGGAGGUGCCCGCCCAUGCACAGGCUCAGAGACCCUGGUGGCAGGUGUUCAGUGAAGAUCUCAGCCAGACUCAGAUUGACCAGAUCGUCUUGGACCUGAUCCAGAUUUACACCUUGGAUGCGGAAAUCUCCUAAUGGGGUCCAGAGAGCGACCCAGUGCUGGGGAGGGGACAGGCCCCAUUCCCACCCCCCCAAGCCAGGCAGUCCCUGCCCUGGGGCGGGAUGGGCGCCAGUGCCCCUAGAGGGGGAAGACUCCAGGCCCCAUUCCCACCCCCCUAAGCCAGCCAGUCCCUGCCCUGGGGCGGGAUGGGCGCCAGUGCCCCUAGAGGGGGAAGACCCCAGGCCCCAUUCCCACCCCCCUAAGCCAGCCAGUCUCUGCCCUGGAGCCAGAUCGGAGCUGGCGCCC